AUGACGGCCGGUUACAAGAAUCUGCUUUUUCACCAGGUUGUGCUUUCUGUCAUUAUUUUGUGCCAUGGCAACGAAUUUUUCAAUGACAAUGGAAACGUCAUACUUCCGGGCUCCUACAACAUUGCUUGGAUGGCUAACGUUCAGGAUUUCCGCACCCUCUCUCUCAUCACCAUUCCUGGCACCCAUCACAGCAUGGCCCGGUACGGAGGCCCGGUGGAGAAAUGCCAGGCCUUGUCCCUGAGGGAUCAGCUGAGGGCUGGCAUUCGUUUCCUUGACCUCAAAGUGUUUGCACUCGGUGACACCCUCUACGUCAUGCACGGGGUGAUGUACCAGCGCAGCACUUUGAAGGAGGUCCUAGACACUGUCAGAGCCUUCCUGUCUGAGUUUAAGAGUGAGGCUGUGCUCAUUAGAGUGAAACCUGAGUUUUUUGAGAAGGCAAUGGUCAAUGAAAUGGUCCAGAGUCUGAUUGCCAAUGACCAACAAGUCUGGGUGAGCUCUGGAAUGCCAAAUAUGGGUCAGGUUAGAGGGAAAAUUGUCUUUUUGCAGAGAAGCACCUUCACACUUGGAAUUCCCCUCCUACAAACAAAUGGCAAAAGUAUCAAAAAGGUUACCAACGUUAAAGAUAAAGACAACACAAUAAUCGAUCAAUUGAACGCAGCCGUUGAAGCUAGUGGAGGUGAUAAUGAAGUCUUGACUUACACUAGCGGUACCGGCUUUGGUACUUUCUGGGGUAUGUUUCUGACUCCAAAAAGAGUGGCUGAAAAGGUGAAUCCAUGGCUCAAUCAAUACCUGAGGCAAUUUUACCCCAAUCAUCCCAGACCAUGGCUUGGUGUCAUUGCCAUGGACUUCCCUGGCUUUGACCUCAUUCAAACUAUUAUCGGUUUAAACGAGUAUUGA